AUGAGUGCCACUCAGCCAGAUCUCGUCGAGGGCAUGGCGCAUCAGGACCCUUCGGUCUCGAGCACCAAUGCCAUCAAUCUCGAGUCGCCGGCCACACGGCUUCAUCAUCUCUCGCUGUCGGCCCAGACGAUUCACGCCGACGACUUUCUCAACUCGUCUCAUCAGGCCGUUGCGCCGCCCAUGCAUGUAGCCACGACGUUUCGGUACAACAGAGAUCCGGAGAAGCUCCAGGCUCAUCACAAUGAAAAUCCCAACAACCCCCUUGAUUCUCAUGUGUACUCCCGCAUCAGUAAUCCAAACACUACACGCCUCGAGGCCAUUCUCACCUCAAUCCUGCGCGGACCCUCUCUGACGUACAGCUCCGGCCUCGCGGCAUUCCACGCCAUGCUCGUCCAUCUGAAUCCAAAGCGCAUCGCCAUUGGCGACGGCUACCAUGGAUGCCACGGCGUCAUCAAGCUGCUCUCCAAGCUUACGGGUCUGCAAAUGCUGGACCUCGACUGCCCGGAUACGGAGCUGGGGCCGGGCGACGUGAUCCACGUCGAGACACCCCUGAACCCGGUGGGCACGGCACGCAACCUCGAAUUCUACCGAAAGAAGGCUGACCGGACGGGCGCGUGGCUGACCAUUGACGCUACAUUUGCGCCGCCGCCGCUGCUGGAUCCGUUCCUCUGGGGCGCCGACGUGGUCAUGCACUCGGGCACCAAGUACUUUGGAGGCCACAGCGACAUGCUGUGUGGCGUUCUGUCACUUGCGCCCAAGCAUAGUGAUCGACUCGAGGAACUCAAUUCCGAAAGACUCGUCAUUGGAGGUGUGCUCGGCAGUCUCGAGGGCUGGCUGGGCGUGAGGAGCUUGAGAACACUAGAGAUUCGGGUAAAGAAGCAAAGCCAUGACGCAGAGAAACUGGUCCAAUGGCUCUCGUCUGAGCUGGCAAAGGAGGGAAGUGCCGUGAGCAAAGUCGUGGGAGAAGUGUUGCACGCAAGCCUGCAAAAGGAUGCUUUGGAAGGCGAUGAUGCAUGGCUCAAGAGGCAGAUGCCGAAUGGAUUCGGUCCCGUCUUUGCGUUCAAGACCAGAGACGAGCGCUCUGCCAGGAUUCUACCCAGCAAGCUGCAUCUCUUCCACCAUGCAACCAGUCUGGGCGGCAUCGAAAGCUUGAUCGAGUGGAGAUCCAUGUCGGACGAUACUUGCGAUAAGCGGCUGUUGCGAGUAAGUGUCGGUAUAGAAGGUUGGGAGGACCUGAAGGAAGAUUUGUCGCAGGCAUUCGACGCUUUGAUCAAGGAGCAAAAUGCAUAA